AUGCAAUCCGUGCUAACAUAUGCGUUCAAUGGACUAUCAGAUCCAUCCGGUGCGUAUUUUGUGCCUCCGGAGAACCAAGUACGAAGAAUGAGCAAUCCGUCCGUAUCUUGGGUCAAUCCUUCUACGAGUGAGGACUGGAGUAAUCCAUCCACAAAUUUAAUGGUAUCAGGUCGUGCGUCACAGGAUUGGCUUCCGGUAGCACCGUUUGGCCCCGUGGCACCGGUGAUGUCACCUUCCUCAUCGUCAUCCACUUCUUCGUCCGCACAUCGUUACGGUCCACGGGCCGAACCACCACCACCACCACACGACGGUGCAGUGUCAAUCGCAGUUGAUCGCGGUCACGCGAAUUUGGUCGAUCUUACUGGACCGUCUGAUAGACCACUAAAGCCCGAUUUCUCUAUCCCCACCUAUCCACUGAAUCACCCUUCUGGAUCUACUUGUUCCACCCAAACUUUGGCCUCAUCAACUUGCCGUAUGCCGGAAAUGGAUUUGCCUAGUGAACCAUGCCCUCCCUGUUUUCCUUCCCAAACUGUGACCUCCGACGUGUGCUUUCCCGUACACAAUUCCACAGUCAAAUUCGAUUGUGACUAUCCACCAACGCAUUCCCUCACGGCCAAUCGCCCAGUUCUGUUCACUCCCGGUAUAAGUUUGCAUUCUUCAGCUCGUGCGGCUGGAAGUGUCGCUCACUUUGUUCCAAGUUUUUCUCAGUGCAAUUGUGCACUGGCCGUCGAUUAG